CUUAAAAACCCAACCCCUCUCUCAUUAGAUUCCACAAACACCUCUCCAAACAUUUCAUUUCAUUUCUCCUCUCCCCUUUUCUUUUCCUCUCUUUCCAUUUCAACUCCUUUCCCCAUGGCAGCGGAAAAAAUUCUAACAAGCCCCAUUGGAAGUCCUUCAAGGGACAAAGAGCUAGACCAAUUCCUCCCCAUUGCCAACGUGAGUCGGAUCAUGAAAAAGUCCCUCCCCACAAAUGCAAAGAUAUCGAAAGAAGCAAAGGAAACGGUCCAGACAUGCGUUUCCGAGUUCAUAAGCUUCAUAACAGGUGAAGCAUCCGAUAAGUGCCAAAGAGAGAAGAGGAAGACAAUCAACGGCGACGAUCUUCUGUGGGCUAUGAGAACCCUGGGGUUUGAAAACUAUGUGGGACCUUUGAUGGUUUACCUCACCAAGUACAGAGAGACUGAGGGAGAUCAUCUCAAGAACCCCAAUAUGAGUAGACAAGAAGAGCAGCCCCUUAGUGACAUUAAUGAUACUAUCAUCAACCAUGAAGUUAUUGGGUACGAGGAAAAUUGGGUGAAUGGUGGUUUUACUAUGGGAAAUUUCCAUCAACUUGGAUAGGAAAAAAGCUAAAAGGGCUAUGCCAAGCCAACUCAUCACCAUGGGGUUAACUGUUAAGGUGGUAGAUUUUAGUAACAUAUAAAAUGUUAAUCUCUAUAGUUUGUUUCUUCCCUUCUAACUUUUAGCCCUUGCGUAGUCCUGUUAUGUCUUAAGUUUUUUGAUUUGUAAUCGAUAUCAACACUGCCUAGCAAAGUGCAAGAAAAACCACAAUAACAUGAUGUAAAAUUGCAUUAGCUAUGGUGAUGUGUGAAUAUAUGGAGAAUUAUUCAAUGCUU